GCCUUGUAUAUAACCACUUGUAUAACAAAUUCAUCCCGUAGUCCACCUUAGUUUAUACGCAACCUUAUCACUCAUCAGGUAGCCCGCCAUAGAUAAAAGAUAAUAGUUGACCAAUAAACAAUAUUUUUGAGCUGACCACUAUAAUCACUGACUAGAUUAGCUGCAGCUGAUGAUGAUUUUGCGAGACCACCGCGCAAGGAUGUUGCAAAAUCGUUACCACCGACCGGCCGCCGGGUUUCGUCAAGGAGUAAAUUGUAGUGUGGUGUAUUAUGUGUGGUAGUUGCCUCUCUGAAACCGCAUAACCAUAAAAAAAAAAAAAAAAAAAUAAACUAUCAAUGUUUUUUCACGUUCCUAACAAAAAGAAUCACAAAAGUUUUAACUGUGACACCGUAGUUCAUUCACGUUUCAGUGUCUCGACUAUGAACGCGUCCCAACGAUCCUUGAUAAUGAAUGUAAUGCUUCCGUAUUUAUAGUAGUCGUAAUUCGUAGUGCGUAGGUACGCGCCGCACAAGAAUUUGUUCGUGGUGUCAAGUCGAUCUUUGGGAUAUCGCGUGCUGUUCAGUUUGCGGUGUGUCGGCGCACGAGAUAACGAUUUCAUAGUAAUCUCUAGUCAAGCGAGCCGGUCCGAACGCGGCACUCCGCUGUUAUACUGUUGCUGUCGAGUUAUCCACCGGUUUUCUCGAGCUGUAUGUCGAGUUGAAAACGUUUCGUCUCAGCGCGAACGGCACACAUACCGCCGCGGUGGUCACCCAUGAGUGUUUAGGUAUGUUUAUUCUAUUCUUGGUGGAUAGUAUGUUGUACGAUAUACUCCACAAUUCAUGUAGUCCCAUCGACAUUAACCAGUCUUGAUUUUCGUGUGUAUUAUAAAUAAAUUGUAAUAUAUAUAUGUCCUGUUAGACUAAUCGACUUAUGGAAACCUCAGAAGUCGACACUUCCAUGCUGAGUACUUUGCACAGUAACCGAUACGAUUACUUGCGAACAGACGACAAAGAAAACUAUUCUGACUCGGUGUUUUUGGAAGAGAACCUUGAUAAAGAACUGCCAAAAACAUUACCUGAACUGUCGGACAUCACGGAUAGCGAUACCUACCUACGUACUCACGAACCUUCUCAACAGAUGACCAUUGAUAGUUCAUGGUGAGUUGUCAAUAACCUGUUGAUUCAAUUAUUGUUUAUUUGUUAAUAAUGAAUAGGUAUGUUAUUCAUAUUUGUAUCGUUCCUACUCAGUCUAUUUGUUUAUUACUUUAUUUGACUUUUUUUUGAGAGAAGUUACCAUAAUUAUUUGACCACAUACUUACUAUCAUUAUACAACCAUAACUGUAACUUAAGUGAUAACUACUGCUGUCAUAUUUAGAUUUCCAUUUACCUAGUUACAUAUUUAAAAAAAAGUAUUUUGUCCUUUUGAUCCCAAAAUUAUUAUACAUUUAAUUACAUCUCUGUGUACUUAAAAAUUAAAAUAAAGUUGUAAUAUUUUAUACCCUUUGCCUGCCCCUAUGCUCGAUUGAAUAGGUGUUAUUUAAAUAUUUUGGAAAACAUCCCUACAUAUUAUAUUUGAACGCUUUAUUCAAUUUUAGUAUAAAAAUUAAUAUUUUAAUAAUUAAUUUAAAAAUAAUAUAAAAUAACACUACCUAAUUAUUUAGUUAAGUAAUGUAUUUAACAAUUUAAAAUAAGGUAAACAUAACUCUUUCCUUUUACCUACUAAAAAAACAAAUGCUUAGGUAGUAAGUAAAAUUUAUAUUAUACCUACAAAAUUAAUAUAAAUUUAAAAUUAUUUAAAUAAAAAAUAUAAGUCUUUAACAUUAAUUUAUUUAGAAUCUGCAGAAAUUGUUAGCAUAGUUCUAGUUUAGCCACCUAGCUAAUUUUGAUUUUUUUUUUUUCAAAAUGUGUUAGGGUGUAAAAUAAUAAAAAAAAAUAGUCAAACUUUGUUUGGAAUAUAUUUAUGAAAAACUUCAAAAAAUUUGGAUUUUCCGUAUCACUUCAGGAGGCUUUGCAGAACAUUUCGUUUGAAAAAAAAAAAUUAAAAGUGUACAUUUUCAGCUAUUUUUCAUACAUUUUAGACUAAUUUCAAAAAUGCUAUUUUCAAGGUUUGAGUACAGGUUUAACUUUUAAAGUAAGUAUGAUAGGUAAGUUUUGAUUUUAGAAAUCGAUUAUGCAUUAAAAACCACACAUUUUGAACCAUAGAAAAUAUUUUAUUCUAAGCAUUAUUUUUUUAAAAAUUGCAGCAAACUAUAUAGGUACUUUUUGAAAGUUUUCACUAAUAUCUUACAAACAAUGUUUAUUUUAUUUCUUUAUUUUAUACUCUCAUUGUACCUGCAAAAAUAUAUUUUGAAAAAAAAAAAAUGCUAGAUUGCUAAAGUAAAAUUAUUCAAAAUCAUUAUUCACUUAAUUUAAAAAUAUACUAAUUAUACAAAACUUAAUAAAUCUAUUAUAUUUAAUCUUAUUUUUUAUAAUCCCUUUUAUUAAAUGAAGUAAUACAUUUUAUAUUUAUUUUCUUAUAGGUACUACUGCUCAUUUAAAAUGUGGGUAUUUACAUGGUCACAUCUAAUAACAUUCUAAAUAUUCUAAUGAUUAUUUUAGAUUCUGAGUGGAAUGAGGUUUUACAAUGAUGUUUAUUAUUAUUAUUUUUUUUUAUGUUUACACUUUUUCUACCAGAAAGUAUACUUUGAUUGUCAAGAAUCGAGCACCUUUUUUUGAAAUUCUCAUUAAUAUUCCAGAUAAUGAGAAAACCUUGGUCUUAAGGUUAAAAAAUAUUAAAAAUAAGAUUGUCAUUGGCAACCGUUUUUAUUUAUUUUUUGUUAUUAAAUUUUUAUUAUUUUAAUCUUUUUUAAACUAUCAUUGUUGUCAUGGAAACACACAUUGUUUUAAUAAUUUUAUAUUAAUAUGACAAUGCCAUAUAUUGUUGUAUUGUUAACAAUGCAACAUUAUUAACUUAAUUCAGCUCGGAAUGGUUUUUUCAUUAGCAAUGAUUUAUCGUUGCUUACAGAUAUACAUUAAAUUCCCUUCUGUAGCCUACUUUCACAACUUCCCACCUUCACCUCCAACAUUGGAAACAUCAAGUAUCAGCUCGUUUUUUUAGUAUUUUAUUUUUAAUUUUAAUUUAUUUAUAUUAUUCAAGUAAUUAUGUCUCAUCAGUUAUAUAUAAUAGAAUAGUAAGAGGAAUGAAUACCAAUUGUUUAUUUAUUUUAUGUAACAUGUACCAAGAUACACUGUAGUAUAUCAAUUUUAAUCAAUUUCCUUCAAUCAGUCUGAUUGAUGUAUUUUUUUUUUAUGUUUUUAUGUUUUUUUUUUUUGUGAAGCUUCUUAAUUUCUGAAAACAAAUUUGAAUUAAACAUAAAAUGUACAUAAUAUCUGUCACAUAACUUUUUUGAAUAAUUGUGUAUUUCAUUGAUGUAUAUAAAAAAAAACUACAUAUAAUUGAAAAAGUGGCCUGGCAUGAGAUAUGGUUUUCUUUUUACACUGAGUGACUGAAAUCAAAUUUGUUUUCAUAAUUUGUAUAGCUUUACUUUCUAGAUCAGAUUAGUUGAAUGUAAAUUAGUCUAAAUUGCUAUACUGUGUAUCUUUGUGUUACAUAAAGAAAUACAUUAUUUGUAUUCAUUCCCCUUACUAUUAUUAUUUACAUGAAUGACAGGAUAUAAUUACUUAAUUAAUAUAAAUAAAUUAUAAUUAAAAAUAAUCAUUAAAAUAUUUAGAAUAUUAUUAGAUGUGACCAUGUAGAUGCCCACAUGUUGUAUGAGUAGUAUGGGCAUAAGUUCCCCCAACUAUAUACCAUCUUAAUAUAUUAUUAUUUGUUGGUAAUACAAAAACAUUAACACCAAUAAAUAUUGUUUUUUUUUCUAUUGAAAAAUCUUGAAAAUAAUGUAAUAAAUUAUAUAUAUGUAUAUAUUUUUUUAAUAAACUUACAAUUUAUAAAAUUACCACUGACUAGUAUGAUUAAAGUUUUAAGAAUCAUCACUGUACUCUAGGUUGGGAAAAAGUAUUUUUACACACUAUUUUAGUAACAUAAAUUCCUUAUUGAUGCUCAAUAGUGUCAUUAUAAAAAUUGAAUUUAUACACAAGAUGGUUUUAACCCGUUCUUUUUUUUAAAUUGUACAGCUUGUUUAUCUUCUUCUUGCAUAGCUAAAAUGCUUCGCAGGACCAUCAUUUCAUACCCAAUCCUCUAUCCUAUCCAAUGAUUUUUCUUUACAAUUUAUGCCUCCGUCUAGUAUGAUUCCAAGCCCUUUUUAACUUAAGUCUAACAACUAGUUUAUAAGUUUUCAUUAUUCAAAGUAUUAUACAUGUAUAUAUUAACAUUUGCAGAGUUACUUAUUUAAUCUAUUACAGUAUACUUAAUUACUUAUAAAUAUGUUUUUUAUUUACUAUUUUUAGGAAUGAUGAUUCAGCAUCGUGUUUUCCUACAUCAACAAACUCAAAUUUUCCUAUAGCGCUUCCUGGUCCCGCUGACUUUGAAGAGUUUAGUAGUAUUCAAAACGUGUCUAGACCUGAAACUCCUGGACUAGGAAUAAAUGCAAUUUUCACUGCCGAUGAGGAUUUAGCUGACCCAACUGCUAAAAUUGGUGUUUGUGGCCUUAGGAAUCUUGGUAAUACAUGUUUUAUGAGUGCAGGCUUACAAGCUCUCUUAUCUACUGAGAGUCUAGUAUCAUAUUUUUUGCAUUUUGAUGGUGAUGGAUCAGAAGAUGCAUUAAUUGGACAAUUUUCUGAUCUUGCCAAACGUUUUUGGAAUGGCCAGUUCAGUAUUAUUAAUCCUCAACAGUUCAAAUAUGUGCUAGGUAAACGAUAUGCACAGUUUCGAGAUUGCAGUCAACAUGAUUGUCAAGAAUUUUUGGCACUUCUGUUAGAUAGCCUAAAUGAAGAACUAUUGCUGCAUUUUGCCAAACAUUAUAAAGUAACGUCGCGUAAAAAUCGUAAAUCUCCAAAUCCUAGGAAGCUAUUACCACGUGAUGUUGAUGAAUUUGCUAUUACUUCGUCUGAAUAUGAAUUACCUCAAAAUGUAUGUGAAAUUUUAUCAGAACAGACAAUUAUAACAGACAAUUUAUCUGAGAAUCAAGACUUCUUACAAAAGAAAUUAAAUAAUUCUGACUCUGAUCAGUUUCUGUCACCCAUUGAUAGUACUAUAUAUUCAGGUGAAUCAGAAAACCUCAAAGCCAAAAUUAAUGUUAGUGAUUUGAUAAAUGGAAAAAGAGAAAUUUGUUGUGAUUCUUCAUCUGAUUCGAGACUUUUAGAUCUCAAACGUGUAAAAUUAAAUGAUAAUAAAAUAUCUAAAGCAGAGCUAGUAGAAGCUGAUUCCAUUGGAUCUACUGUUAUUGAAAAGCGAAUUCAACAAGAGUCUAUAAUUAAUAAAAUAUUUCAAGGACAAUUUGAAAGUACUGUGAGUAACAAAUGUAUAUUUUAUAAGCCAAAAUUUAAAGACAUACUACCACAAAAAUUGUUUACAAUUAAAAACUAAUUGGAAAUUUGUUUUGUAGGUUACUUGUCUUGAAUGUAAAUAUGUUUCUGUGAUGCACGAACCUUUUAUGUAUUUAUCUGUACCUUUACCUUAUGCUACUCAACAACAAAUGUGUAAGUUAAAUAAAUAAUAAUGUUUACCAUGAAUAAUAUUUGACUAUAUAAUAUAUUUUUAGAUGUAACAUUUGUUAGUGCUACAAACAAACCACCUAUUAAGUACCUGAUUACAGUUAAUAAGCAGGACGAAAUAAAAAGAGUUAAAAGUGAAUUGGUGGAUUUGAUAGAUGAAAAUUUACAUCCUGAUAUGCUUGUUGUAGCCGAAGUUUUUAACAGACAUAUUUCAAAAAUAUUAGUAAACAUAUUAAUUAUUUAUACUUUGGUUUGUAUUUCUGAUUUAUAAUUCAACAUAAUUAAUUUAAACAGAGUGAUGACCAUCUUGUGAGAAGUGUUGAUUAUAUUAAUCGUGAUUUGUACGCCUUUGAAGUAUUGGAAAUAAAUUGGGAUUUUAUGGCUGGUGAAAAUGAAGAUUAUACUGAAGGAGAAAUUAAUACUGUAAGUCCAUUUUAUUUGUAAUUAUUUAAUUUCCAUAGUGUCCAUUGCGCUCAGUAUUUUUCUAAAAGCAAACGGUUUUUACAAUACAUUCUUGAGAUUUUGUUUUGUUUUUUUUUUUUUCCAUAUUUAUAAUCUAGCUAAUAAAGUUUUAACUAUCUAACAAAUAUAAUUUUAUAAUUUUUAAGUGGACAGUAAAUAUUAAAAAAAAAAAAAAAUACAUAUGAAGUUUAGAUUCUGGGGUAAAUGUUUAAACAUCAAAAAUCAUAAACAAUUAUUUCAUUGAAAUAUCAUAUACUUAGUAGAGUUUACAUUUUUAAAAUAAAAAAUAUGUAAUACAUCUUUAUUUUUCAAUGUCUUCUGUUUUUAAAAGAUGAAAGGUACAAAUUUCAAAAUAAAAAUUUUAAGAAAUAUAAUCACUUUAUUUGCUUUGCUAAUCAUAUGACAAGAUACUAUACUGUAGGUUAUAUCCUAGAAAUAAUAUGCCCAGUUACUAAUGUUUGUACAGUUAUCUCUGAAUGACCCAUAGAAUAUUUAUUGAUAAAUGGAAAAGACCAUUUGAUGAAAGUUCAAUUGUCCUUGUUGUACUAUUAUUUGCAUAUGACUCCAGCCAAACACAAAUAAAAUAAUAACAUUUUUAAAAGAUUAUGUAAAACAAAGUCAGUAAUAUGGGACUAAUAGGACUAAAAAUAAAUUAUAUUUUGUUCUUAUUGUUGUGUAUGAUCUUAUGAAGAUCUUUUUAAUAGACCUUAAUCAAGUUACUAAUUUAGUUUGUUCUGAAUUUUAAAUGAACAAAUGUAUUUUUCAUGCAAUAGAUAUUAAUAUGUAUUUAUUUUACUUUAAGAUUGUUUUAUUAUUAUUAAAUUAAUAUUAUUACUAUAGGAACCAAUGGACAUAGAUUCUGGAGGAGCAGCAGAACAAGGAGAUACUUGUACGAUAUGUUUAGAAUGCAAACCUGAUAUGGUUUAUCAUAAGGAUAUGAAAGAUUGUACUUGUGUGUUGUGUGAAGAAUGUAUUAAAAUGAGCUGUGUUCAUUCUAGUGGAGAAGAUGAUAAAAUGGACUGUCCUGUUUGCAGAGAGUUUAUAGACCCAAAGAUAGACCUGAUUCCAAUUGAUCAAUCUACCAGUAAUGUAAAUCAAAUAUUACGACGUUUGACUAUUCCAAUUGUGAUAAAACAAGUUGAUGAUAAAAGUUUAAUUGGUCGACCUGCAUUAGUUCGUUUACCAAAUGAAGUUCCUGCUGAGAUACUUUAUAUUGAAGUGGCUAAACUACACCCUUAUACUGAAGACUUUUCACUAUCUUUAGUCGAUGGUCAAGGGACCAUGUGCUCCAGAUGUAUGUGGGAUGUACAUUGUGGUGGUUGUAUAAUACCUAAAAGUGGUAUGGUUAGGUUUCGUAGUGGAGAUACACUAGCUGUAAUUUUUGAAGAUUAUAUAGAUGCUAAUUUGUUGGAGACUGAAUUGCAUCCAGGGUCUACUGAACAAAUGCGAUCAAAUAACCCACUCACAAUAUACGAUUGCAUAAAUGAUUUUUGCAAAAGGUAAUAAUUUUUCUUUUGUCUAUGAAUUAAUUAAAUCCUUCACGUUUGAUGAUCUUUUAAUUAAAAUAUUUCAAAUUUGUUCACGGUUGCAAAGGUUGAGUUUUAUCUCUAAUUAAAAUUCACUACAAAUUCAUUAGUCUUCAAUAAGAUUAAGAUUAUACUUAACAUUCAUAUUGGUGUACCAAAUAACCAUGCUAUUAUUUAAAAUGUUCAAUUUCACCAUUUUAUACCAACUAUUAUUACUUUUUGUUAUCAUUCUGGCACACAAAUAUUAAUGAUAUAGGUGAAAAAUAAUAAACUAAUAAUUCAUUGUCAUUUAUUUAAAAUUAAAUUAUGGUUUUAAUUUGUUGUAUAGUGAACUAUUAGAUGAAAAUAAUCCUUGGUGGUGUCCAUACUGCAAAAAGAAUCAGUGCGCCACCAAAACAUUGUCCAUAUCUAAGUAUCCUAGAUGUCUUAUUGUAUACUUGAAAAGGUAAUAAAAAAAAAACAAAAACUAUUAUCUAAAAAAUAAAUUUAACAAAUAUUUACCAUUUUAGAUUUGUUUUUCAUGAAAAUUGGGGAAUAAAACUACAAGACAGUGUAGUAUUUCCUCUAGAUGGUUUAAUAUUGGACAUAAAACAAGAAAUUGUAUAUGAUUUGUAUGCGUGUGUUUGUCAUACUGGAAGUAUGUUUUAUAAAUAAAAAAAAAAGUAUUAUUGGAUAAUAAAAAUGUAAUUAAUAGUUAUUUAUUUUUAUUAUAGGUACUUCUAUGGGUCAUUAUACAUCAUACACUAAACAUUGUGAGUUAGAAGAUUGGUAUUGUUAUAACGAUGAAAUUGCAACUAAAUGUAAACCUGGGCAAGAAGAAUAUUGCAAUGCAUAUAUUUUGUUCUACAAGAAACAAGGUAAGUAAUUAUUUAAAACAUUAGAGUUUAUAUAUUAAUGAAUAAAACACUUGUAAAAUAACUUUUAAAAUACUUAGUAACUUAGCAAUUUUUCCCAAAAGGUUGACUUUGCAAUUAAUAACCAAAUUUGUUAAUUUAUGUAUUAUUUCAAUAUCUGCAUAUCAACUCUUAGCAGUUUUUAGAUAGUACUGUCACGUGAUAGAGCAAGAUUUAAUUUAUCUCUUACGAAAAUGACCAAAAAUAAUUUAUGUGUGUCAAAACUAGGUGCUCAAAAAAAAAAAAAAAAAAUAAAAAGUUUAAUAUCAAAAUUAAUGUUCAAACUAUCAACUUGAAAAUUUGAGUUACUACCGUUUUUGUUAUGGGUAUCUAUUUGAAACUUGUUUGUUUUGGUAUGAAAAUAUAUUAGAAAGUUCAAAAAUAUAUGAGUUCCAUUUAUAUUUAUAACAAUAUAAAUUAUUUAUAAAUUUUAAAAUAUUUACAAUAUAAUUAUAGCAUAUUUCAAUUAAUGUUUCAGGUUAUGAUGAUGUGGAUUCAUCAGGACAAUGAAGAUAUUAAAAAUAAAUACUAUAGGAAAUUGUGGAAAAAAAAUAAUAUGACAUUUUAUACUUAUGCUUUUAAAAAGCUAAAUUAAAAAAAAGUUAAGGUAAAAACCUUGAAGGUUAAAAUUUACUUUUAAAAAUUGUCCUAAAAUUAUUGUUGCUCUGUUAUUAUUUUUAUGAUGAUUAUUAUUAUUGAUUAUUAUUAUUACUAUUAUUAUUUUUAGUAUUUCUUUAUUUUAUUAUUAUUGAUUAGUAACUCAAGGAUAAUCCUAUGUGUACAUUUUAAAUGGAAGUAAACUAUAUUAUUUUGUAUGGAUUCAUUUUUCACAAGAAUACCAGUAUUAUUAUUUAAUAUUAUUUUAAUACAGUUCUGGAAACUACAUAUAUUUUAUAUUUUAAUAAAAUUAGCUAUUAAGCUAUAUUAUAAAUAUUUGUUUGUGUGUGAUAACUCAACAAAAAAAAAAAAAAGAAAAAA